AAUGGGAAGGAGGCGAAGACGAGUGCAAUGGGUUUAUAUAAGUUGGUUUGGUUUCACUUGUUUAACACGGCGGAGUGGGAAGCAACAGACUCACUCUUUAUCUUUCUUUCAUUUUGUUAUUUAGAGAUAUUUAUUUAAUUAUAUUUGAAAAAAAAUCGGCGAUCGGGGCUGAGGUUUUGAGAGAUUUAUUAAGAGGACUCGUUGAGGUUGGAUCUUUGAGAUCUCUACUGGGAAGUGUUCGUCGCACUUCUACAGCUUCAUCAAUAGUUUCUUUGCAGAGGACAGCAGCGAAGCUACUCAAGUGGAACACUUCCUUUUGCAGACUCAAUUUUUUUUUUUUUUUUCUAGUUGGAGUGUUGGAUCUUUUAGCCAGACUGCUUGAUGCGAUUGGGGUACAAUGGCAUUGAAAUCUAAUUCAGCUGAUAGUAGAACUAGGAGUUCUAUACAAAUUUUUAUUGUAGUUGGCCUCUGCUGUUUCUUCUAUAUACUGGGUGCAUGGCAGAGGAGUGGAUUUGGGAAGGCAGACAAUCUUGCUAUGGAGAUCACCAAGAAUACGGGAGACUGCAAUUUAAUCCCAAGUCUAAAUUUUGAGACACAUCAUGGUGGUGAAAUUGCGACUAUCAAUGAUUCUGAAUCAAAACUUAAGGAGUUUAAGCCUUGUGAUGCCCAUUACACCGACUACACACCCUGCCAAGAUCAGAGACGUGCUAUGACUUUCCCUAGGGAAAAUAUGAAUUAUCGAGAGAGGCAUUGUCCUCCAGAGGAAGAGAAGCUACAUUGCCUAAUUCCGGCACCCAAGGGUUAUGUUACUCCAUUUCCAUGGCCUAAGAGUCGUGACUAUGUACCAUAUGCUAAUGCACCAUACAAGAGCUUGACAGUUGAGAAGGCUAUUCAGAAUUGGGUCCAAUACGAGGGCAAUGUAUUUAGGUUUCCAGGAGGAGGAACACAGUUUCCACAAGGGGCAGAUAAGUAUAUUGAUCAGCUAGCUUCAGUAAUACCAAUUACUAACGGAACAGUCAGAACCGCCCUGGACACUGGUUGUGGGGUUGCCAGUUGGGGUGCAUACCUUUGGAGUAGAAAUGUUAUUGCCAUGUCAUUUGCACCGAGAGACUCGCAUGAAGCACAAGUUCAAUUUGCUCUUGAAAGAGGUGUACCUGCUGUUAUUGGUGUUCUUGGUACAAUAAAGAUGCCAUACCCAUCUAGAGCCUUUGACAUGGCUCACUGCUCUCGAUGUUUAAUUCCGUGGGGAGCAAAUGAUGGAAUGUAUCUGAAGGAAGUUGACCGAGUUCUUAGACCUGGUGGUUACUGGGUGCUUUCUGGACCUCCAAUCAAUUGGAAGAUUAAUUACAAAGCAUGGCAACGUUCCAAGAAUGAACUUCAGGAGGAACAGAGAAAGAUUGAAGAUGUUGCAAAGCUUCUUUGCUGGGACAAGAAGUAUGAAAAGGGUGAAACGGCCAUAUGGCAAAAGAGAGUAAAUGCUGAAUCAUGUCCUGGUAGACAAGAUGAUUCUAAAGUUACUUUCUGCAAAGCCGCAGACCCAGAUGACGUGUGGUACAAGAAAAUGGAGGGAUGCAUUACUCCAUAUCCUGAUGUCAGUAGUCAAGAUGAAGUUGCUGGUGGGCAAUUGAAGGCAUUUCCAGACAGGCUUUUUGCCGUCCCCCCAAGAGUUGCCAGUGGUUCUAUUCCUGGAGUUUCUGUUGAGACAUAUCAGGAGGACAAUAAUAACUGGAAAAAGCAUGUAAACUCUUAUAGGAAAAUCAAUAAGCUUAUUGACACUGGAAGGUAUCGCAACAUUAUGGAUAUGAAUGCUGGAAUGGGAGGAUUUGCUUCUGCACUUUCGUCUUCCAAAUUCUGGGUUAUGAAUGUUGUGCCUACUGUAGCUGAAAAAAGUACAUUGGGUGUCAUAUAUGAGAGGGGAUUGAUAGGAAUAUAUCAUGACUGGUGUGAAGCUUUCUCCACAUACCCAAGGACAUAUGAUCUUAUUCAUGCCAAUGGACUUUUCAGUUUGUACAAGGACAAAUGUAACAUAGAGGACAUUCUUCUUGAGAUGGAUCGAAUUUUGCGACCAGAAGGUGCAGUUAUAUUCCGUGAUGAAGUUGAUGUGCUUGUUAAGGUGCGGAAGCUAGUUGGUGGAAUGAGAUGGAGCACCAAAAUGGUUGACCAUGAAGAUGGUCCUCUGGUUCCUGAGAAGAUAUUAGUUGCAGUGAAGCAGUACUGGGUUGCCGGCGGCAACUCCACAUCCUCACAGUGAUCGGAGAAUGGGAAUGAGAUUGAGUGAAAGUUUGGGACAUGGUGAGCUGAGAAAGCGGGGAUUAUAUGUUAUACGAGGUCUGACAUGAACUGAUAACUAUUUAAGCAUGAACAUUUUGAUUGCAGAGUACUCUCUAUUCUUUAGCAUAGGCACACGAUAUGUAUUCAAUGUUUUAACGAUUAUUAAUUAGCCAUCUCAUUUUGUAGCAGUAAUUAUUAAUAGACGGAUGAUCAAAGAACUUUCUUGGAUUA